UACAAGCCGUUUUUGGUGUUUUAUUUAUCUAUAAAUGCAUUGCAAUAAACUCAUUCCUCGUUGAUAGUCAAUAGAUAGCUUAUCAAGUGAAUAAACAACGCGAAACAAUACUAGGCAGUUGUUAGUACGUAUCGUUGUGUGUCAGGCGUGUCGUGAUCAAUUGUACGUGACAUGCGAUAAAUAGCUAUUAUCCAUGAGAGAAGGUGCCGUUAUUCUGAUGAGGGGAACCUGCUAAGUGGUUAACAUGACGAGAUCCAGUUACCGGCCACUGGUACCGCGCUCGUCAAAUAAUUCCUUGGACAACCGGGAAAUUGGGACAACCUCGCCCCCGGGAGAGCCUUUAGUCCGUGCCCCAGUGGGCAAACCUCGAUGUCCGCCUGCCAUUUCCCGCCUGCGCGUAGAAAAAGUUGAGGGCGGCUUAGCAGUCGCCGGCGUAGUCGUGGCUGCCAACUGUCAAAUCGUCCUCCCAAUAUUUGGGUUCCUUUUUAUGCUUGUAGGCUGUGUGCUCACAGCCGCAUCAUACCGUGGUUGUGGUGAGAAUGAAGAACCAGACCAUUACGCCGCUCGCAUCGCUUUCACUGGAAACUCUCGCGUGCUGGGCCCAGUAUGCAUCGUUGCUGGGGCUCUUAUGACCAUAGCUGGUAUUGUUUUAUGUAUGUUAAUGCGAGCGGCACAAAAACGUCAGCGCCGGUUGGCCUUCCACUGCCCAAUUCACGGGGACUUCUACCCCUUAAGUCCACAGAACAGUAGGAAAUAUACACGAAGCCCCACCGGUCUUUGGCGUUUCCUUCGCGGCUGGCUUGGUAUGGUGGAGGAGAGCGCAACACCUCGCUGCCCCCGUUCCGUAGAGCCCGCUUCACCAGCAAGAGCUGAUGCCCCAUGUCCCCCACCUUUACCCUUCCUUGUACCAAGCGACUCUGUUGUAGGAAUGGCAUCCAUUCUCGGAGCGCCGCUCAGUCCCGAACAAACUUUCGGUUCAAUAAAAUCGUUGGCCAUCUCAAGAGAAGUGGCCAGUUUUCCACUGUCGCGCUCACCGACACCUCCUCCAUUAAGUUGUCCACCAUUUAAGGAAGAAUCAAAGCUGAGCGACAUUCCAAAUUCAGUGCCAUCGCAUUUCGAUAGCGGGACCCCGAUCUGCAACUACCGCGUCGUAGAAUGCAAACUCACCACCACAGAGGAAAUACGCUCGAACGAUAAAUACACCAGUGUCCAUAGUGAUAAACAGAAACCUGCCACAGUUCGUAUCACAAUUCCUGACGAAGGCAAAGGUUAAUACGCGAUAAUAUAGUGUUAACAGUGAACAGACAUCAAACGAGUGCAUUCCAAUACCAUGCGGAUUGUAAAUGACUCAGUGUUAAUUUUAUUCGAUCAUUUGUAUUUUGGCAUAGAUUUAUUUGUAAUAUUAUGAUGAUAAGCUACGGCAAAAAUAGUUUGUGUAAACUAACAGACAUCAUUUGAUAAAACUGGUUAGAUUAUUAUCAUAAUGUAACAAGUCGAUGUUCACCAAUAAGCUUUAUAUAACUGCUCAAACAAUCACAUCGGUCUUCCGCUAGCGCUCACUUACUACUCGCAGUAUUUUCAUUUAAAUCUGUUAUUGGGGAGUUUCAAUACCGUAGGCUUCGUGCCGAGGUUGAUUUUUUCUUGUUACAUAGAAUUGUGUUUAUCGUAACAUAACGAAGUGAAGACCUUAUUCUUAAAAACUUACUCAGUGUAUUGCCUUUCUUGAGACAGACGAAAGACUACCUACUGUUGUUAAAAUAUUUCAAAAAGACCGAUUUAAUUUUAUGAAUAAGAGGCAAGAAGUCUUCACAUGGAUUGUUGAUAAUCGUAGUUGUCCCCAAAAUCCGUUCCUAUACAAAAUCUAUUUAAGCAAACGUGAUCGUCUAACAUUUGUUACGUGACUUCUAUAUGAUCUUUAAAUAGUCACUUGAGAUGGAUAUGGAGCUUGAAACAAAAUCACUUUUCGACAGGCAUGUUCACACAAACUCGUUUGUUGUAAAGAGUUUGUAUGAAAAUGGUGAUUUAGCGUUGGAGGGACAAGCUUGUUGAAAAGUGAUUUUGUCUCAAGACCAAAAAAUUGUCUUAAAGUAUCACACCUUGUAAUGACUCGUAACACGCUGUCGAUGUUACGACUGCAGAAUUAGUUCUGUCUCAGGGUCGCGUCGUAAAGUUUCAUUUAAUUUUGUAAGUGUUUAUGCUUUUUAAAAUUCAGGCUAUAAUUUUUUUAUGCAUUUACGUGUAGAUCGACAUGAAAGGGAUGAACAAUGUUUUGUCUCCGAGUGUAUAUAUUAUAAAGAUAUGAAUUUUGAUGUGUCUAGGUUAUCCUACGUUGUACAGACUUGAUUUUCGUAGGAUAAUAAUUAAAUGGCUUCAAAUUAUGAUUAGUUAUAAAUAGGUACUCGUUAUAAAAUGAUUAGGUUAGGUUAGUUCAAAAUAUGUAACCACUCCUAAAUCUAGUCCAUAAUACACACGCCCUCAUAUAUUGUAGCAAUAACAAAAACAGGACAAAAGUCUAAGAGUUAAUUUUAGACUCAUUUUCAAUUAUGUAAUGACAUUAUGAAAUACUGAUAUGCCAUAAUAUAAUAAUGCUUUCUCCAAUAAUUUUUAUAUAAUAUUGCAAUACAUGAGUGCAACUUCACAGUGUAUAUCAUACAAACAUCACGUCCAUACAAACAGAACAUCUUUCUUCUCUAGUAACGUGAACUUUAAUACAUACACUUCAUCAUUAUAUAAUUUUAAAACAUGAAUAUCAAUUUAAAUAACUUGCUCGUAGAUUGUUAACUCGAUAUGUAAGAAAAGCCCAUUUCCUGAAAUAUAUUGUGUUACAUUUCUAGACAA